UUUAGGGGUGCUGAAGGGAGAGAGGGAGUCCCUGGACUGGUUUGUGGGGAUUAAUUGGGGUGGUUUGGGGAUUUUUGGCAGCUUUAGGACCCCCUUUUUUUUGGGAGUGUCCCACCCCAACAUCCCCUUUGCCUCCCCCUUUUCCUACCACAAGUUCCCCUUUUUUUUCGCUGGGAUAUCCCUGGAUUUGGGGCCAUCCCCGGGGUUCCCCCGACCUCACCUGUGCCCCCCCUCCCAAAUCCUGCAGCCCCCCUGGGAUCCAUGGAUUCCCUGGAUUCCCUGGUGUUCCUGAGCGCCCGCCGCCUCGUCUCCCGCCGCCCCCUUCCCGCCGUUCCCGCCCGGCUCUUCCCCGUCCUCUUCCGCGCCGCCUUCCUGGACGGGAGGCCCCUGGUCCUGCGGGAUCUGGUGGCCCGCUGGCCCUUCCCGGAGCUGGAUUUCCAGCGGAUUUUGGGGCGCCGGGAGCCGCUCCGGGAUGGCCCCUCCAAGCUGUGCGUCCAGUCCGUCCUCCUGGCCGUGGUGGAGCAGCUCCGGCGGGCGCUGGAGGGGCCAGGACGCCAUUCCAGCCGGUGCCGGCUCCGCAUGCUGGACGUGACGGGGCUCCGGGACGACGAUGUCGGCCGCGCCCCGGCGGGGAUGAGCGUCUGGUCGGGCACCGUGGCCUUGGCCAAGGCCUGCCUGGAGCUCUCCAAGCUCCAAAGGGAGCUCCAAAGGGCCGGAUUUGGGAACGCGGCCCCUCCGUCCAUCGACGUCCGCGCCGACCUGUUCGUCAGCGCCGCGUCCUUCGGGGUGGUGUGGGAUGCGCUCCGGGUCGGGAAUUCCACCCUGCUGCGCCUCCGGUGCCGGGAGCUCCAGGCCGAGGAGCUGAGCCCGGCUGGGAUCGUGAACCUCCUGGAAUCCCUGGAGCCCUCCGGGCUGCGGAGGGUGGAGCUCCGCUUCAACAACCUGGGCCUGCAGGGCCUCUCCGCGGUCCUGCCGCGCCUCGCCCGCUUCCCGGAGCUCCGGAGCCUCCGGCUGCCCUACAGCAACGUGGAUGUGCGGCGGGAGGCGGCGCCGGGAAUUCGGUGCUUGGCCAUGGAGCUGGGAAAGCUGCAGGGCCUCAGGGAGCUCAACCUGGGAUCCUCCAGGCUCUCCGGGAGUUUGGGAGACGUCCUCUGUGAACUCCAGGCCCCUCUGGAAAGCCUGGAAUUGACCUUCUGCUCCCUCCUGCCUUCCGACCUCUCCUUCCUGUGCCGGAGCCCCCACGCGCCGGCCCUGAAGAGGCUCGACCUGAGCGGCCACGACUUCUCCCGGGGCCUCCUGCGGCCCCUCCGGCAGCUCCUGGAGGAGGCCUUGCCCUCCCUGCUCCACCUGGACCUCAUGGAAUGCCACCUGGGAGACUCCCAGCUGGAAUCCCUGCUGGCCUCGCUGCGCCGCUGCUCCCGCCUGCGCUCGCUGGGGCUCUUUGGGAAUUCCGUGUCCAGGGCCGGGCUGGGCACUCUGGUGCGGGAGACGGCGGCGCUGCCGGAGCUGAGCCUGGUGGUGUAUCCCAUCCCCACGGAUUGCUACGGGCAAGGGAUGGAUCCCAGCCAGGCCUCAGAGGAGCAUCUGGACAGGGAAUGUUUGGGAGCGCUGGGCACGGAGCUGGAGCGGCUCCUGGAGAGCUCCGGGAGAGCCGGAGCCGUCUGGACCUGCGACCCCUACGGACACGCGGGGCUGGAUUUCUUCUCCCUGUAGCUGGGGGAGCACUCAGAGCCCCUGGGGAGGAGCUCAGGGCAUCGGGACCUCCUUCUUCCAAGGAUUUGGGGUGUCCCGCCUCGGCUGGGCGGGGUUUGCCUCCUCCCGGUGUUUUCCAACUUUAAUUUCAGUGGCUCGGUGGGAUUUGCCUCGUCCCAGGGUUUUCCAACCCAAUUUCGGUGCCUCACCAUCCCACCCCGCUGUUUCUCCACCUCAUCCCGGAGUUUCUCCACCUCAUCCCGGAGUUUCUCCACCUCAUCCCGGAGUUUCUCCACCUCAUCCCGGUGUUUCUCCACCUCAUCCCGGUGUUUCUCCACCUCAUCCUGGUGUUUCCCACCUC